UCAACUGUCAAAAUAAUUGAUAAGAUAACAAAUAAAGAGGGCCAAAACUUACCAAAAGUAGUUAUAACUUUGUGCAGUGAAGUUAGUGAGAAGAAAUAACAAUUUUUACCAACAUUUCACGAAUCAAAUUCAUAAUCGUCUGAGCAUUAUACAGCAUUUCUUCGGUAUCAAAUUGCUUUUGGUAAGAUCAUUUCACGUAUCUGCAAAAUUAAACCAAGCUAUGGGGAUAGACGGCAAUAAUUUAUUGGCGGAGAGUCUAAAAAAGCAGGGUGUUGAAUAUGUAUUUGGUAUUGUUGGUAUCCCAGUUAUUGAAACAUCUUUAGCAUUUCAAGCUGCUGGUCUCAAAUACAUAGGGAUGCGCAAUGAACAAGCAGCUUGCUAUGCUGCUCAGGCUGUCGGAUAUCUUACUGGUAAGCCUGGAGUUUGUCUGGCCGUAUCUGGACCUGGUCUUCUUCACUGCAUUGGUGGUAUGGCUAAUGCUCAAGUGAACUGUUGGCCUUUACUUGUCAUUGCUGGCUCUUGCCCUGAAGAUCAUGAGGGCAUAGGCGGCUUCCAGGAGUGGCUUCAGGUGGAGUCGAGCCGAAUGUACUGCAAGUAUGCAGCGCGGCCGCCGUCCGUGCGUCUCAUCCCCCAGCACGUGGAGAAAGCUGUGCGGCUGGCCAGCGCAGGCCGGCCCGGCGUCGCCUACCUGGACAUGCCCGCUACACUGCUCACGGCAGAAACUGAGGAAGACAAAGUUCCACAAGACUACAACGCUGGUGCCAUAAGACCUGCCCACCCUGAUCCAGCAUUGGUGGAGCAGGCGGCGGAGCUGCUGGCCCGGGCUGAGCGGCCGCUGCUCAUUGUGGGCAAGGGGGCCGCCUACGCCAGGGCGGAGGAUGAUGUCAGACGACUUGUGGAUAACACUAAAAUACCAUUCCUGCCUACCCCAAUGGGUAAGGGCGUAGUUCCCGAUGAGUCGCAGUGGUGCGUGUCUGCCGCGAGAACACAAGCACUACUGCAAGCAGAUGUGAUAUUGUUGCUGGGAGCUCGGCUCAACUGGAUGCUGCACUUCGGACAGCCGCCGCGGUACGCGCCCAAUGUUAAAGUCAUACAGGUGGAUAUAUCAGCGGAAGAAUUAAACAACUCUAUAAAGUCCGAGGUGGCUGUACAUUCCGAUAUCAAGCCUUUCACUGAGGCUCUAACAAAGAAGUUGGCUGAAAAGAAAUUCAGUCUGCAACCAACCGGGAACAAAUGGUGGCAAACGCUUCAAGACAAACAGAAGAAAAACACUGAGUUUGUUGAGGCCCAAGCGAAUGAUAAGUCAGUGCCCCUCAACUACUAUGCAGUGUUUAAGACUGUGCAAGCUAAAAUUCCGAAGGAUUCUAUCAUAGUGAGCGAGGGCGCCAAUACUAUGGACAUCGGGCGCGGGAUAUUGCUCAACAACCAGCCCAGACAUCGCCUGGACGCCGGCACAUUCGGAACUAUGGGCGUGGGUCCCGGGUUCGCGGUGGCGGCUGCCAUGUGGUGCCGCGACCAUGCUCCCAACAAGAGAGUCAUCUGUGUAGAGGGUGACUCGGCAUUUGGAUUUUCUGGUAUGGAGAUCGAGACGAUGUUCCGUUAUAAAUUACCGGUGAUAAUAGUCAUUGUGAAUAAUAAUGGUAUUUAUAGUGGAUUCGACAAAAACACAAUGCAAGAGUUUCAGUCGUACGGCGAUGUUGCUCAGAGCACUCCUCCCACGGCCUUAAGUCCUGAAGUCCACUAUGAGAAAAUGAUGGAAAUGUUCGGAGAGACCGGUCAUCUUUGUCGCACGGUUGAAGAUAUUGAGUUAGCUAUCAAAAAAGCCGUGUCAGUAGUUGACAAGCCGAGUAUCAUCAACAUUCUAAUAAACCCACAGUCCAACAGGAAACCACAAACCUUCAAUUGGCUGACUGAGUCUAAACUGUGAUAAUUUUGUACUAAAUUAUAUUAUUUUUGUAAGCACAAGUUAUAAUAAUAUUCAAAACAUAUUUUCCAUCUUUAGGGA